AUGACGACCAUGUUUAUGAAGAAUGCACUAAUGAGUCUGCGUAUACGUCCAAGCGUCUCUAGUAUACGCUCCAUAUCCGGCAUCUCGAGCCAAAUUUUCUCUACAUCGUCCUCUUUUGUACUUCAACAGCCGCCAUUGCUACUGAUAUCCAGCCAGAAGCACAUUCCAGUGCAAAACCCGCUGGUUUUUAACACGGGCCUGCAAAUUGACGAUUUUCUACCAAUCAAAGAGCUCGAGUGUCCCACCAAUAGCCUCAAUGAGCCACUGCAGGCUAUUAAGCGAACGUAUCAGCCCAGUGUUUUGCGUCGUAAACGCAAGCACGGUUUCCGUACACGUCGAGUGUCCAUCUCAGGUCGCAAAGUGCUGAAACGCCGUUUUAACAAGGGACGAUGGCGUAUGUCCCUAUAA